UUGAUUCCAUACACGUAUAUCAGUUAUAAGUCAGUUGAAUUUGAAACCGUUGGAAUUCGGGGAUAUUCUAAUUAUUUACAAAUGGCGAACACCAGUGCUGUAAACGUGAAAUGGACUUCCCGAGUCGAGUUCAUUGUAGCGUUACUUGGAUAUUCGAUUGGUAUGCCGGAAUUCUGGAGGGUACCAUAUCUUACCUACAGGAACGGAGGAGGACCUUUCAUUAUCGCCUACAUUCUACUGAUGCUGGUGUGCGGACUUCCGUUGUACUUCUUAGAGCUUGCGCUGUCUCAGUUUUCUGGCAAAGGACCGUGGAGGUUUUGGGACAUCUGUCCAUUACUGAGGGGAAUGGGCAUCGCUAUAGCAGUCAUCAACGCUUUAAGUGCCGUUAAUACAGCCAUCAUGGGAGCCUGGUCGAUUGAAUAUCAGAUCCUGAGAAUAUCUGAUGGGAUUGACUACCUUGGAACCAUCAGUGUAGUAUUCGUGGCGUAUCUGUUCGUGUUGAGACUGCUGGCCGCCAUUAGUAUUGUGAAAAGCGUUGAAAGUAUGGGCAAGAUGCUAUACGUAACCGCACUCCUUCCUGUUGUUCUAAUUGUGAUGAUCUGGAUACGAGCCCUGACCUUACCUGGAUCUACCAAAGGGAUGCUGUAUUUUGUGUCGGCUGAUUUCAGAAGGUUUGCUGACCCACAGUUGUGGAUAGAAGCCUCCUUUCAGACGUUUAUUACGCUUGGCCCGGGCUGGGGAGGACUGAUGAUGAUGGGUGCUCACAAUAAAUUCCGGACUAACUGUUUCCAAUCGUCUGUAAUAUCGACAUCAGCGACCUUGACCUUCGGUCUUCUCAAUGGCCUUGUGGUGUUUUCCGUGCUAGGCGUGAUGUCCGAGGAAAUCAAUGUUCCUAUCCCAGACCUGAUGACAUCAGGUGGUUUUUCAAUCGGAUUUAUCGCCUAUCCAAAGGCCCUGAGUUAUUUCCCCCUACCACAACUUUGGUGUGCCAUUUUUUACCUGGUCCUUCUACUACCAGGACUGGAUGCCAUGGCAAUACUGACCGAACCAUUACUGAUGAUCUUUGAAGAAAUGUUCCCUAAAAUGUUGAACAAUCGAAGGAUUCCCCUCCUGACCGUUGUUAGUGUUGUGAUGUUUCUUGCUGGUUUACCAUUUGCUACACAGUUCAACCUAACCUGGCAAGAAUGGAGAAUACUAUGA